GUACUAACGAUCUUCAUAACAACCAGUACAGUACAUUUGGGUUUUGUUAAGGAAGUGUAAGCAGCGAGUCUACUUCAGCUAAAAUGGCUCUCUGCAUCAUCUUCGGUCUGAGUUUUGUUGUGAGUCUGAGUGAAUCAAUUGAAUGGUGGAAGGUGCACCUUGGAGAGAGUGUGACCCUCCAGUGUGACAUCUCCUUCCAUCGAGAGACAGCCUGGGUAAGACACAAAUCUGACGAGAUCCCAGUGGUCCUCCUGGUAGCUGGGCCAAAUGAAUCUGACGGCAGCCUCUACAGCAAAGACCACAUACACCAUCGUUUUAAGGCAGUGGCAAACCAAAGCCGUGAAAGCAACGACCUGAGAAUCAGCAAUGUGACCGAGGAAGAUUUGGCACUGUAUUACUGUAUAGGUAGAGUGAAAGGAAAGCAAAAGUUUGGGAUAGGCACCAGACUCUAUCAAGACAAAGCAGAAGGAGUUGAUGACAUUCUUCCUACAAAAGCCCCAUUUCAGAAUGAAGACCAUCAUUUCAACCUCUACUGGCUUUUUGCUGGUCUACGGGGCAUUGGGCUCCUGAUAUUUGUAUCAGCUAUACUGACUGUCAACAUCAAAAAAAGAAAGACCCAUCAGACGCAGAUAAAAAAAUACUCACAUUCUGGAUAACAGACAGAUAUACAUAGCCCUACAUACAGUAGCCUACAUGUUUUUUCUACAGGGUUAAUUAUUCAACAUUGUUUAAAUAUCAUUUUUUGAAUCAUUCAAUGAUGCCAAUUUUAAAAUGUCUUUCAAACUUUCAAACAUUAAUGAUAUUGAUUUUGUAAAGGGUUUCAUAUUUUUUCAGUUUUGUUUCUCCACUGAUUUUUUUGUCAGCCAUUCCCAGGACACUGAAACACAGGAACAUAUUACAGUUUUUCUCGAUUACUUUU